ACCUAAUAAAAGUGACAAGGAUAAACUGUCCUAAUACUUUGAGAAAAAGUGACAAGCUAAACUUCUAAUCAAGCUUCUCUCACAAUUUUAAUUCUGUCAAUGAGAGGACUAAUCUAGAGGAGUCUUAGAUCAAACUGCUUUUAAGUUCUUCAGCCUUUAGAGAUGCUUUAGACAGCCCCUCUAUCUUGCUCUUUUUGACCACACCCUCUAGAUUAAUUUUGCCCACGUGGUUCAAAUUUAUCAAUAAUAGUAUACUAAUUUAAUUCUCGUAUUCUUCCGUUCACAAACAAGACGUAACGCAAAUAGACCUAGACAGAUUAGUGUGGGUCUCGCUCAUGCUCGCCCCGAUUAGGCAAUUUCUGAAAAACAUAGCAACUUUGAGGGGAAAUUUACCUGAAUAAAAUAAGACCCAGCAACUGAGGAGUCUCACAAUGUCCGGCAUUAACUCAACUGUGAAGUAUUUGACUGAUGAACAACUGACUCAGCUAGGCGUUCAAACAAUUGGAGAGAGGCAGUGGCGUAUCCAAGUUAUAAAUUUAAGAUAUCUCCAAUCUUGAUUAAGGCCAGAGAACACAAUAAAUAAAGAAAACACUCAAAAGAGAACUUUAGAGAAGAAAAGAGCAAGCCGAGCUAGUCUGAUAUAGUCGACUUCAUCAUCAUUAUUGUGGGCGCAGACGUACUUUAAUUAAAGACACGCCCAUUAUGAAUAUUAAUUAACCACAAAUUUUUUUUCGGCGCGCUUCGCGCGCCAUUUUUGCCCCACCAUCUUCAAAAGUCUAGAUACGCCACUGGAGACUGAGAGGACUCAACUUAAGACAUUAUGCUCUACAUCAGUUUCUAAUGACAGAAUUAUGAAAGAGGUUCAAAGGGUCCUUAAACCAAGCGAAAGUGAGCAGCCAAAGUUGAUAAAUCGAAGAUCAGGCAAAGCUAGAAAAGGAUCUUUUGUUCCAAAGUCAUCACAGCCACAAUCUCAAACUUUUCAAAAAAAAGUUGUGGUAUUGAAGUAUAUGGGAUCAAAGCCUCCACUACAAUUUAAUAUAAACGAUGGAUUAAUUUUAACCACUGGUUUUUUACCUGAAAUUUCCUAUGAAUCAACAGAGCUAGAAGUACGUCAGAUAAUUAUUGAAGUUCUUCAUAAUGAUACUGCAGAAGACCUGACUUCUGUCACAACUUAUGACUUUCUAUUUGUUGCCGUAAAGGGAAAGAAAGCGACAAUUUUGACAUGUCUGCCUCGUAAUUUUGAGUAUAGCGGUAGAAUACUGAAGCAAACUGCAGGCAAUGGACCAGUUUAUAUUCGUCUAACAGCUUCAUUAUCUAAGCAGCCUCGAGUCACAUGGAGUCCUUUAAGCAGUGAUUCUGAUUUUGAAUUACCAGAUGCUAGCUCAAUUUAUAAUAAAAAGCCCAAAUCUUCUAAAAUGAUAAUAGAAGUAUCUGAUGCAGACUCAGAUUUUGAGCUACCGUCUACUACUACUGGUACUUCAAUGCCUGCUUUAUCUACAUUACUAUCAUCAACUUCACAAGGACACCGCUGUACAGCACUUCAUCAUUCAACAACAAAGGAACCCGCUAAUGCAUCUCAAUCUGCUUCUAGUGCUAGUGUUAAAAAUACAUCUAUUCCAGUGUCAAGUGUCUCAUUAGGAGGACGUUGUUGUACUUCUACUCCACAACCCACAUCUCUGUCUACUUCUAGUGACAAUGUGUCAUCAGCUAUGCCAGUAUCAACUGACACUUCAUCAACUUCAGGAGCUAGACUUUAUGCAUAUGGAUCAUUAUCACUUAGUAGUCAUUCUACAUGUACAUCAAAUCAACAUCAUGUUGAUAUAUCUCAAUCUACUUCUAGUGUUAGCGCUAGCAAUACAUUACCAGUGUCAACUUAUACACCAUUAACAUUGGGAAGGCGUCGUACGUAUCGAUCUUUAUCACUUCGUCGUCCUACAUCUGCUCAGCAACCAGUUGAUACAUUUCAGUAUACUUCUAGUGCAAGCAAUACAUUGUCAGCUAUGUCAGUAUCAACUGACACUCCAUCAACUUCAGGCGGUCAUUCGAAUGAAUCAACUCAACAUUUGCCAUCACUUGUUGAACACUCACCCAGAUCUGUUGUUAGUACUAAUCAUGCCCCUCCCUCCCCACUCUCUACUAGCCAUGCCCCUUCCUCCCCUCUCUCUCUCCCUCCUACUUCUCUCCCUGUCACAUCAUCUCGUUCUAUUCAGAUAUCAUGUGGCAGUAAUGAGUCUCCAUUUAACUUUGAUCAAGAAUUAGAGUUUCUCCAAUAUUCACCAGUUAAAGAUGUAUCUCCUUCACUGGAAAGACUCUGUGAAAUGUUUCCUAACUUCAAGCCAGAUGCUAUUAAAAUUCUAUAUGAAAUCUAUAAUGAAGAUGGGGCAUUAGUAUCUGAUUGUUUAGUGGAAGGUGUGCAACUGCAUUGUUUGCUUCAACAGCUGAAUUUACGUUUUAUCAGUGUUUCUAUUCCUGAAACUCCCAAGAUUCGUAUUGAGGGAGAUGAUGACUGGGUAGAUGCAGCCUUUACAUUUUAUAAAGGGCAAAGUUUUUGUAAGGAUGCUCCUGUGAGGCUAGUAAUGACAGAUGAGCCAGCUAUUGAUGCAGGGGGAGUGAGUGCCCAGUUCUUUGCUGAAGUAUAUAAGAGACUUGCUGAAGGGAAAAAGAAAAUUUUUGAAGGAGAACUUGAUUUUGUUAGACCUGUUUUUAAUUUGAGUCUUGUUGGAGUAUUAAAAGUUUUUGGCAUUAUAGUGGCUCAUUCUAUUAUAGUUCAAAGAGUUGGAUUUCCUUAUUUCUCCCCAUCUUGCUAUUACUUCAUGCUUGGCCACUAUGAAAUUGCUGCUACUAAAGUGUUAAGGAAAGAAGCUAGUGGAAAGGUGAACUACGUUUUAAAUGAAAUUGAAUCUUAUGAAGGAAAUGUUUAUGAGGAACUUGAAUGCUUUGAGUCACUUGUUGAACUAAUGGAUGAAUGUGGCAUCAUUGAUAUUCCAAUUAAAAGAUACAAUAUGGCUCGGAUUACCCAAGCUAUUUUACUCUUUGAUACAUUACAAAAAAGAAAGCUGCUAUUGGAUAUGAUUGGAGAGGGCCUGGACAUGCAUUAUGGGUUAAGAAGGCUCAUGUCUCACUUUCCUACAAUUUUUGAACCGUUGUUUUUGUAUUCUGGGACUCUGACAAGUCGAGAUAUUAUCAACAUCAUUAUACCCCCUGAAUGUACAUCAGAAAGGAAUACGAUCUACUGGAUAGUCUUUAUAGUUUUUUGAGAAAGUGUGAUGAAAAACAAUUGCUAGCUUUUCUGAUAUUCAUAACUGGAAAGAGAUUCACUAAUUGCAAUAGCAUAAAUGUGAAAUUCUCAGACAAUCUUUCUGCCAUCAAAGUGGAUACGUGUGCUUCUACCCUUUAUUUUUCCAAAAGGAUCUGUAAACCAAAGGAACUUGAGUGUGAAUUAAAAGUAUUGCUGGAUCAUGAUUUGUCUUACACUACUAUGUAAAUUUUUGUUUGAAAGUUACACACAAUUAAGUAUUUUCACUUAAAACAGUUAACUUUAUGUCAGUUAUGUGCAUCAUAAUUUGUGAAUAAUUGUUUACAUUUUGGUUAUCAUCAUCCAAUUAUUAUUGUAACAAAUUAAUUAAUAAUUUUCACCAGUUGAUUUAUAAACAUUCAA